CUGAGAAAUUAUGCAUCUGAAUUUGCUGUUCCGCUUGCUAAUGGUGUUUGCAUUUGUAGCUGCAAAUUAUAAUUACACGGAUAAUGCUUAUAUCCAGAGCUUAGAGUACGUCGACGCGUUUGAGCUGAGUCAGUGCAAAGAUGAAUGUAGGCAACGCUUCAAAACGGGGUGGUUGUGGAUCUUUUGGUUCAAGAUGGAAGUUCAGCAGCUAUCGAAGUGCAUGGAUCAGUGCUACGAUUACCAGCGCGAGUAUAUCGAUAUUCACUGACUUUAUAUUUUGUAUAAAUGUUGAC